AUGCAUAAUUCUGCUAACAAUGAAUUAGAUUGCACAUAUUCUGGAAGUUUUUCAAACAAAAUGAGAGAAAAUCGAUCAACUGAUAUAAAUCAAGGACAAAACAAAACAAAUGUCAGUUCAUUAAGUGGAUUUAAUGUCUAUUGUGUUUAUGAUAAAUUUGCUGCUACGUUAAGAGAACCAAAUAAUCCUAAAUCACCAAUUGGUACGCAAGAUUAUAUUGAUAGUUAUCGAGAAUUAAUAAAAUUUUUGGAUCAACUUGGCUAUAUUUUUAAAUUUGUUAAAGAUGAUGUUAUAGAUAAAUUAAAAGUUUUACAAUCGUUUAUUGAUAAAGAUAAAAAAAAUUUAAUUGAUCGACCAUUAUCAGAAAGUACAACAACUAUUGCAAUACAUUGUUAUGAGACAACGUUAUAUCAUCAUCAUAGUUUUCUGGUUCGUCAAUCAGUUAAAAUGGGAUUUCUUCUAUUACCAUCACGUAGACAACUAGAUGAUAUUAUAUUUCAUGGUCAUAAAGCAGAAUUACUUGAUGAAUAUAAAACAUUUAUUAAAAUUAUCCAACAAAUCUUUGAUACAAUUGAAACACUUUAUGCAGAAAACAAUUAUUUACAAUUACCAUGA